GAUGGCGGCGGGCGGCGCGGCGCUGUGGCGGCGGCUCUCGGCCUGGCUGCCGCGGGGCCGCCUCGGCCUGGCCGCGCUGCUCGGCCGCCUCUCCGACCGCCUCUCCCGCGGUCGCGACCGCCGCGCCCGCAGAUCAUCAUGGCUCCUUCUAGCCCCACUGCUCACCCCUCCUGUUCCAGUGAUCACAGCCCCACCGUGUUCCCUCUGUCCAGAAGGAGCACACAGGUUCCAGUGGAUCAGGAAUUUGGUCCCAGAGUUUGGGAUCUCCAGCUCGCAUGUCAAGGUGCUUUCAUCCCCGGCGGAAUUCUAUGAACUCCUGAAGGCGCAGAUAAAAGCAGCCAAGCAGCGGGUGGUGAUGGCCUCACUGUACCUGGGAACAGGACUCCUCGAGCAGGAGCUGGUCAACUGCUUAGAAGAAACACUGGAGAAAUCACUGCAAGCAGAAGGCUCACCUGACUUCAGAGUUUCCAUUCUCCUCGACUACACCAGGGGUUCCCGGGGCAGGAAGAAUUCCCGAACAAUGCUGAUCCCAUUGCUGCAGCGGUUUCCCGAGCAAGUCCGCGUGUCCCUCUUCCACACUCCAAAUCUGCGUGGACUUCUCCGGCUCCUGAUUCCAGAGCGUUUCAAUGAGACCAUUGGGCUGCAGCACAUCAAGGUCUAUCUCUUUGAUGACAACGUGAUCCUGAGCGGAGCGAACCUGAGUGAUCUGUACUUCACCAAUCGUCAGGACCGCUAUGUCUUGCUGCGGGACACCCCUGAGAUCGCAGACUUCUUCACGGAGCUUGUGGACGCAAUUGGAGACGUGUCCCUGCAGUUACAGCAGGAUGAUACAGUCAAGAUGAUGGAGGGAAUGGUACACCCUUACCAAGGAGACAAAGUGGCUUACUGCGAGAUUGCCAACCGGAGGGUCAUGGAGGUCAUCAACUCUGCCCGGACGUUGCAAGAGCUCCUUCAUGCAAAGACUUUCCACAGCAGCCAGCCAGGCAGCUCCCUCCUAUCCCAGCAAGGCUCUCAAGCAUCUGGGAGUCUGAAACCAGAACCCGACACCUGGAUCUAUCCCUUAAUCCAAAUGAAACCUUUUGGGAUUCAAAUAGACGAGAUGGUCACAGAAACACUGCUGACGGAGGCUGAGCGGGAUGCCAGGAUAUACCUCACCACUGGCUACUUCAACUUGACACAGGCCUAUAUGGACCUCAUCCUGGGGACAAGGGCUGAGUACCGGAUCCUCCUGGCCUCCCCAGAGGUCAAUGGGUUUUUUGGUGCCAAAGGGGUGGCAGGUGCCAUUCCUGCUGCCUACGUUUACAUUGAACAUCAGUUUUUCAGUGAGGUCUGCUACCGGCAGCAGCAGGAGAGGGUGCAGCUACAGGAGUACUCCCGCGCCGGGUGGACGUUCCAUGCCAAAGGCCUCUGGCUGUACCUGGCAGGGAGCGACCUGCCCUGCCUGACCCUGAUUGGCUCUCCUAAUUUCGGCUAUCGAUCAGUGCAUCGCGACUUGGAAGCUCAGGUUGCGAUAGUGACAGAAAAUAAAGCCUUGCAGCAGCAGCUCCAUCAGGAGCAAGAGCAGCUUUACCUCUGCUCAGGUGUUGUCUCAACAUCAACGUUUGAGCAGCCAAAUCGUUAUGUGAAACUGUGGGUGAAGCUGGUGACACCUCUGAUCAAGAAUUUCUUCUGAAAGAAGUUGCUGCUUUGGGUUGAAGGUCCAGACGUAGGUGGGCCCUCGCGUCCGUGUCUUGUAGACGGGACAUUCGUAGACGUUGGUGGUGUCCAUGCGGUCCACGGGGAUGGCUCUGAGCAGGAUCACUGGCAUCACGGGCGUCAGCUCCUUCAUCCGCGCGUCGGCGAUCGAGCCCGACUGGACGUCCCAGCGCGCACCUGCAGCGCGACAGCGCCGUCAGGGGACCCUGACCCCUCCCGGGGCUUUCUUCUGAACUACUCACGGGUGGGAGCUCCAAGGUUAAGGCGGGGUAGAGCGGCUCAAUGGUGGUUAGGUCUGACAUGUUCUCAUCUCACUGUGACCCAGGACUGCAUUUGCCUUACUGUGUGUGGGAUGUCUGAAUAAAUUCUGUCCCCACCCCUC